GAUUCCUGUGGGCCUCGCCUCCCGCCCCUCUUCGGUUACCUGUCUGCACUGACGAAGACUCCGCCCGCGUCCCUACUCAGCUACCAGCGGCCCAGGCCAGGGCUGCACACCGGACACCAACUGUUCGCGCCUCGGCCCCGCCCCGCCUCGGGCUCCUCCCACCGCCCCGCCCCAUACGGGUCCCGGGGCCCAGCGCCCAAAAGUGGCGGUCGGUGGCAUGGAGAGUGGCAACCUGGGCCGUGCCGUGUGCGUGCUGACCGGGGCCUCCCGGGGCUUCGGCCGCGCGCUGGUCCCGCUCGUGGCCCGGCUGCUGUCGCCCGGCUCGGUGCUGCUCCUAAGCGCCCGCAAUGACGACGCGCUGCGGCAGGUGGAGGCCGAGCUGGGCGCCGGGCGGCCUGGGCUGCGCGUAGUGCGGGUGCCCGCCGACCUGGGCUCGGACGCCGGCUUGCAGCAGCUGCUCGGGGCCCUUCGCGAGCUGCCCAGGCCUGAGGGGCUGCAGAGACUGCUGCUCAUCAACAAUGCCGGCACUCUUGGGGAUGUUUCAAAAGGCUUCCUGAACCUGAGUGACCCCACUGAAGUGAACAGCUAUUGGGCUCUGAACUUGACGUCCACCCUCUGCCUGACCUCCGGUGUUUUGAAGGCCUUCCCUGACAGUCCUGGCCUCAGCAGGACAGUUGUUAACAUCUCAUCCCUCUGUGCCCUGAAGCCCUUCAAGGGCUGGGCAUUGUACUGUGCAGGGAAGGCUGCUCGAGACAUGAUGUUCCAGGUCCUGGCCACAGAGGAGCCUAGUGUGAGGGUGCUAAGCUAUGCCCCAGGUCCCCUGGACACAGACAUGCAACAGUUGGCCCGGGAGACCUCCAUGGACCCAGACUUGCGAAGAAGCCUGCAGGAGCUGAAGGCAAAGGGGCAGCUGGUGGAUUGCAGAAUGUCAGCCCAAAAACUCCUGAGCUUGCUGCAAACAGACAUGUUCAAGUCUGGAGCUCAUGUGGACUUCUAUGAUACAUAAGCCCAUGGCCUUGGCUUCCGGGGCCUUCCUAUCCUCACAUCCUGCCACAGCCAACGCUGCCUAAUACACUCAUGCCUACUGUCCUGCCUUCAUAUGCAGCCAGCUGGGAGUGACUGGCAUUACCAGCCAUCCAGAGUCUGGGUUGUGUAGCCUGGGUUAUGAGGCUUCUGUAGGAGGCUGGGAAAGCAAUUAUGGGUGUUAGUAUUCUCUCUCCCUAAGAAUAAAUCUUAGGGGUGAGAAGAACAGAAAAAGAGCAGUUGAAAUACUGAAGAGAAGAGUUUGGGUCUCUUGCCUAUGGCCAGUCCAUGGGGAUGAGGGGGGAUUGAUCAAGUGUGAAAUAGGAGAACCCAUGUAGAUUCACAGGUGGCCUAGAGGGAAGGGUGGUGGGACACACACAAAGUUCCAACCAACACAACCCUUGUUCAGGGUCGUGACACCUGUUGAACUUUGUGUCCUCAUUCUGGCUUUCUUCCUCCAAAACCUGGCAUCCCUCCCUCUGCUGAGCAUAGCAAAGGCAGUUAUAAAUAAAAUGUGCAUUAACUCCUGCUUCCUCCUUUUCUACUAGGCCCAUGAGGUUCCCUAUGCCUGAGGCUGUUCCUGAGGCUAUUAACCCAAACUUAGGGUGCUGCCUUUAUUUCCUGGGGAGUUGUUUAGGGCUCUUGUCUUCCUGUCACCAAGGCCCACUCAGUGGCAAGCCUGGGUCCAAAGAAAGUUGUUCUAGAUGGAGAUGCUGAGAUACCUGUUUCUUCAUGCUUUUGUCCACACUGACCCAAGUCUUUACUAUGCUUUCCUCACUCUGGAGCCAUUCUUCUGGACUCAACAAGGCCUGCCCCCCUCUGGCCCUCACAGGAAGGUCCUUUCCCAGGUAUCCCUUUGGAUUUCUAGGUGGGGAAAGUUUUUUGAACUCAACCUUGCAGUUGCAAGGCAGGAAUGGUGCUGCUGAGCUAAAUCCCCCACCCUCCCUUUGGAUUUCUAAUUCUAGCCCUUGCCCACAUGGAAGUGCUCCACAUGGAUCCCAGCUCCCUCUUGGCAUUACCUAUCUGGUUCAUGGUCCUGCUUCUCAGUGGGGUAGGUUAGGAUCAGCAUACUUUCGGGGGAGAUAGGCAGGAUUUCAAGAAGAGGAAAGCCCUGAGAAACCUGUUCCUUCUGCCAGUAGGUAGAUGUGAACUGGGCUGAGAGCCCCCCAGGGUGGUGGUGGUGCAGCCAACCACUUGACCUGACCCCUGACCCAUAUUUGGGAAGAGAGCAUAUUUACAGCUGAUGCCAAGACACUGAUAGCAUCUGCUUGUGUAGAAGGAAGUACCCUGAUCCUCCUUGUGCCCAGCAGAGGGCACACAGAGGCCAUGCCUCCUAGAGAAGUGGCAGCUACUCUUGCUGGAGGGCAGGAACUGGCAGUGUUCCUCAGGAUCCCCAAGGAGUAAACCCUGCCUGCCAGAGCCCUCACCCUUAAGUCAAAAUCACCGGGUUUAGAUCUCUGCUCUGCCACUUACCACCUGGCAACCUAGGGCAAGUUGCUUCUCUGUGCCUUAGUUUCCUUCUCUGAAAAAUGGGGAUUAAAAUACACCUAUAUCAUUGUGAAUAUUAAGUAACAUAAUGUUUGUAAAUGUUCAAUACAAUGCUAGCAUUGCAGUAAGUGCCCCAUAAAUGAUAAAACAUU